AUGAAGAGUCUUCUUUUUUUUUAUAUUCUGUUAAUUAUAUCAUGUAACAGCUACAUAAUAAAUUUAAAAAAUGGGAAUAAUAGUUUGAUAUAUAGACAAGUAUGGAAUAAAAAUAAUAGAAAAUCAGUAAAUAACUUUAAAAUUUACAUGAAAAGACUAAGAAAUGCAACUGUUGAAAUUGAUUUAGAAAAUAGAAAAGAUUUGACUAAAACUGAGGUUAUUAAAAUUUUUUUAAAAGGAGUAAAAGAAUGUAAAAAUGUAGAAUAUUUAAAAGAAAAAUCUAAAGGCCAUGUUCCCCCUACAACCAAGAGAAAAUUAAUGAAACAGAAAAGAAUGAUUAAUUUAAAAGCUCAUAUAAGAAAUACUAGAAUAAGAAAACAAGAAGAAGUACCACCUAAAAAAAAUAUUCUUAAUUUCCCUUUAAAUCAAUUAAAAAAUAUUAAUGCAGCUGUUUUAUAUUUUAAGCAUUAUUUUGAAAAAUAUGAAGAAAAUACAAAAUAA